UCUUUUCAGCUCAUGCUGAUAUUGCCGCCAUUUUUAUUGUUUUCUUGUAUCCUGAUUUUUAUUUACGAAACAAAGCGAAUUGAUUAUAAGCAGUUAUAGAAUAAAAUAUUUUACAUAUUUUAUAUUUGGAGCAAAAUUAAUUUAUUUGGGUACUAAUCACCUUGUCCUAAACGCCCUGGUUGAAUAAUAGAUACAAUGAAACGAGACGCCUACGGCGACGAUGGUCCUAUGCAGAAGCGCCAGCGGCAAACCGACGAUGAAGUCACCUUCCUUAUACCGAGCAAGGUGGCCGGCUCAAUUAUCGGGAAAGGGGGUUCGAAUAUAUCCAAGCUAAGGAAUGAGUACAAAGCCUCUAUAACAGUCCCAGAUUGCCCAGGCCCCGAACGAGUUCUGUCCAUAACGGCGUCGGAUAUCGAUACGAUUAUGGAAAUUGUAAAAGACAUACUUCCAAAUUUGGCUGAUGGUGUUCCGAAGGGUGGCACCAGCGAAGACUUGGACGUCCGCCUACUGAUACAUCAAAGCCGAGCCGGUUGUGUCAUCGGCAAGGCUGGAGCCAAGAUCAAAGAACUGCGGGAGAAAACUGGCGCCCGGUUGAAGAUAUUUUCGAACCCCGCGCCGCAGAGUUCGGAGCGAGUCGUGCAGCUUGUAGGCAAGCCGGAUGCCGUCGCAGCUGGAGUGAGGGAGGUGUUGCAUCUCAUACGGCAGGUUCCGAUUAAAGGCGGCAUUCAGAAUUACGAUCCGCACAACUACGACGACUUCUACGCCGACGAAUAUGGCGGCUUCGGCAGCGGACAAGGACCGCGGGGUGCUGGGCCUCGCGGAGGACCACCGCGCGGGCCUCCCCGUGGGCCCCCGCCUAUGGGACCCGGUGGCAGGCCGCCUCCGCCCCGGGGAGGUCCCCCUAUGGGUCGCAAUGGUCCUCCUCCGCCGAGAGCCUUCAACGACUUCGCGGGUCCCGGACCUCGCGGUAACUUCAAUGGUCCGCCUCGAGGAAACUUUGGGGGAGGUGGCGGUGGGGGCGGGAGCUUCGGAAACAAUUUUGGAGGCAACCGCUCGUCGUCCGGUGGCAACUUUAAUGGAAACGGUGGUAACCAGCAAGAGACUACCACUCAAGUGACUAUUCCGAAGGACCUGGCGGGCGCCAUCAUCGGCAAGGCGGGCUCGCGCAUCCGCAAGAUCCGCGCGGAGAGCGGCGCCGCCAUCGAGAUCGCCGAGCCGCUGGCCGGCGCCGCCGACCGCGUCAUCACCAUCACCGGCACGCAGCAGCGCAUCCAGAAGGCGCAGUACCUGCUGCAGCAGAGAAUGUUUGAAGAGUUCCCAGAAUUGGCACCAAACAAAAAUAUGCAUAAGUAAAAAAACACACGAAGUGUACACGAGAGCAACCCGAAUCUCGGACGUGGGAAUUUUUGAUUUUAAGCAAUUUAUGAUAUAGGAUUUAAGAUAAUUUAAGUCACCUCAAAUCAUUCAUAUGGAAUAGGACACUGCUGUGUAUCUGAGGCUCACGUUUGUAAAUGAACUUUUUACUAAUAUCAAAUAAAUAAUGUUUAUAGAAUAAAAUAUUAAGAAGUAAUAAAAAAUAACAGCGUACAAUGAAAACGUUACAUUUUUCUAAUUUCAUUAUAGUAAACUUGAUUUUUUAUUACGUGGUCAACUCUCGAAUUACAAUGAUUCUUAUUAUAUGUAUACAAUUUGAAAUAUUCGUAUUUAACCUAACAAUGAUCUUGUUUUAGAUCUAAAAUCAAUCAGCCUAAAUUUGAUCAUUUCAAAGAAACUGAUUAAAUUAGUUAUCUUGUCUUUAGAUUUUACUAAAGAUUUCACCUUAAUAUAAUGAAAGAACGUCCUUUAUGAAAUAUCUCACUCUUAGAACAUCCUUUUACAAGAUAAUCCACUAAAUAUUCAGAGUACCGUUUUCAAAAUAUAUAAUGAAAUUGUUGCGUUCCGCCGGAUUCGCUUUUAACGAAUAUUUAUAUACAAUGUUCAAAGUAACUUCGAAAUUAAUAUAAGGUAGAUGGAAACUCCAGUAGUAAUAUUUCCUUUGAUUAUAAUCACAUCAAAUUAUGAAUGGGCUGGUUGCAAUCGAUAGAAACAUCGACAUAAUCCAUAUAUAAUAAUAUUCUUAGUUAUUUCUAUUUUGAAAUACAGUUUUGUUUUUACUCAUUUGCUGUUUGAUAAAAAAAUAAUACGUUUCGGUGAGUAUUUAAAAAAAGUAAUCUACCCCACACAUAAAACUUACCGGCUAUUUACGGGUUUUUAAUUUAACCAGAAAAUUUUAAAAUCGUAAGAAAAUGCAUUUAUCAUUAAUAAUUAUAUAGUUAUUUAACAUAUAUUGUGUUUAAUGGCAAUGAUUUAAUUUUCUGAUGAUUUGUUACAUCGAUCUAUUGUUAAGUGAAUAGCAAAUAAAAAAGGUUUAUUUUG